AUGGGAUGUUUGACGGUUGAGGUUAACCUUGGUGAGGGAAAAGAGGAUGUCACGUCCAACGGUGGAGAUUCUAGUCUGAAAGUGUUGCCUCCGUGGAUGAUUAAGCAAGGAAUGAAUCUGACGGAGGAGCAAAGAGGAGAGAUGAGACAUGAAGCAAAAGUUGAUGUUGGCUCAUCGAAACUUUCAGAUGACAAGAAGUCAGCCAUGGAAAGUGGCGAUGCUAAAGAUUUGUUGAAGGAUGAGUAUUUCAAAGCUUACUACGCUGCUCUGAUACAGCAGCAGCAAGAGCUAGCACAGAAGCAGAGACAAGAAGAAUCUGGAGGCGAAGUAGUAGCCCCUGACAGUGAGUUGGCUUCGACAUCCUCAGAUCGUCAGGUUGGUAUGAAGUCCAAACGCGAAGAGGAAGAAGAUGAAUGGGAAGAAGAAGUGGCUCCAGUUCCAGUUGCAGGAAAUGGAAACUACAAGGUGGACUUGAAUGUGGAAGCAGCAGAGGCUUCAGGUGGGGAAGAAGAAGAGGAAGAAGACAUCGACUGGGAAGAAGGCUGAAUAGGAAAGGGAUCAACCAUCAUUGCUCAUUCAAUAAGGUCUCGAUUGUGAACUGUGUCUUGUGCGCUGCUAUAAGAAGGUGGUAACUUAGUAAUUGGGGAAUCGUGUGAUGUUAUCAUCAUCAUAUACACCAAAUAUAACUCGUCGAUUCAGACUAAACAAAAAGGUUGAUUGAUGCAUCUGAUGAAACAAAAAUAGUUUUGACGACACAUACCAGUGUGUUCGGUUAUAAAAGUUCCAAGUAGUUUCAAAUUUA